UUCCUCUGACAUUAUUCCUAUGUCAGAAGAUAGUAAAUAUAGUAAGAGAUGCACUGUUAUUACUUUCUUUGUCCAGAACAUAGUUAAAUGUUUGUGUGGAUUGCAAACCCUAAAUCAUUAGGGACACGUGUCAGUUUGAGUAAAAAUAGCUCAUGUUAUAAAUCAUUCAAGCCAUUUAUCAUAAUUACUAGUUUUGUAUCGAGUAUCAGUGUUUCUUUUGAAAUAAAUAUGAGAAAUAUACAUAUUAAAGGAAAAUAACUGUAAAGAGUUUUGUUGGCCUUAAGUAUCUCAGGGGUAACAGUGAAAAGUAUCUAAAAUAAAUACAGUGUUUAAAAAUGUUGGGUCAGAUUUGACCCCAUUGAAGUCGAUGGUGUUAGAGGAAAUAGGAGGGUUAAGAAGGUGCAAACUGCCUUGUGUCCCUAGUCUUUAACGCGCUGAACCUCCUUAAUCUGCAUGUCCCUGUAACUGUUUCCAAUGUGUAUGUGUGUGUCUCUCUAUUACAUAAUCCAGACUUAUUUCCCCAGCAAAAUGGCUAGGGGUCGAGCCUUAACCCCGAUUUGCCUCAUCAGUUCCUGCACAUUUCUUAUGGUGAAGAGCCCUGGACUGAGGUGGAAUAGCAGAGAGAACACAGGAAAAUUUCGCCCAUAUGGUUCUUUCGGAUAGGUAUGAUGGACGUGGUCAUUUGCAUGACCUGUCAGAAUAUGAUGCUGAUUCCUGGAAUCGUGACUACAAGCUGUCGGAGGAAGAGGCGAGAAUCGAAGCGCUCUGUGAUGAGGAGAGGUAUUUAGCCUUGCAUACGGACUUGCUUGAAGAAGAAGCAAGGCAAGAGGAAGAAUAUAAACGUCUAAGUGAAGCGUUGGCUGAUGAGGGUUCUUAUAAUGCAGUGGGGUUUCAGUACAGUGCUGAUUAUUAUGAUCCCUCACAGCCUACGGAGGAGGAAGAGACGUCAAAAGAGACGGUGGCAGAUCAGGAAGACAGUGAGGAACCUUUCAUUGCUCCAGCAGGGUUGUGCGUUCCUCCUGAUGUGGAACUGCCUGCUACAACGAAAAUGCAUGCAAUCAUUGAACGUACAGCCAGUUUUGUCUGUAAGCAAGGAACUCAGUUUGAAAUUAUGCUAAAAGCGAAACAGGCCCGUAACUCUCAGUUUGAUUUUUUGCGUUUUGAUCAUUACUUAAAUCCAUAUUACAAGCACAUUUUGAAGGCAAUGAAGGAGGGAAAGUAUGUCACUGCUGGUGAAGCCAAAGCUGAGGAGAAGACAAAAUGUGAGGAUGAUGACUCUGAUGAUGAUGACGAUGAUGGUAAUGGAGACUAUUUACACCCCAGUCUGUUUGCUUCUAAAAAGUGUGACAGGCUAGAGGAACUAAUGAAGCCUUUAAAAGUAAUGGAUCCCGAUCAUCCUUUGGCUGCAUUAGUAAGAAAAGCCCAACUAGAAAACAACAUGGCUGCAGCAAAGAUGUCAGAGGAACCUUUAACAGUGGCUUCUAAAGAAAAUGAAUACUCCCUAGACUCAACUGUAGCAACUGUCUAUUAUGGAUAUUACAUAUUGCCUGAUGGUACAUACUGUCUUGCACCUCCACCACCUGGAAUAGACGUCAACACAUAUUAUAGCUCCCUGCCUGCAGGAGUGUUAUCUGCAGCUUCAGGUUCUGCUGCUACUUCUGCAGUUCACAGCGCAACGCCACCUAUGUCUCCUGGGCAGGCAUCUACACAAACAACAGCUGCCACUACAAGUUCCCAGACUUCUGUUGCUGCCAUUAUUCCACCACCACCAGACAUUCAGCCUGUCAUCGACAAGUUAGCAGAAUAUGUUGCAAGAAAUGGUGCCAAGUUUGAGUCAAGUGUUCGUGCAAAGAAUGACUCUCGAUUUGACUUCCUGCAGUCUUGGCACCAGUACAACGCAUAUUAUGAAUUCAAAAAGCAAUAUUUUAUUCAGAAGGAGGGACUUGAUAAACCCAAGGUUCUUGCUGCCUCAGAAUCGGGAAAUGUUGCUGAUACGCCUGUUUUGCCUCAAGCAACAAACAGUCCAAGUGUUUCGAAUGCAGAAAAUUUGAUAACGGAAUCAACAAACUCUCCUGACAAAGCGGCUAAUGAGGGCAAACUAAUUAAAGCUUCUUUUGCUCCAAUUAGUUUUGCAAUCAAGGCAAAAGAAAAUGAUCUGCUUCCUCUUGAGAAGAAUAGAGUGAAACUGGAUGAUGAUAGUGAUGAAGAGGAUAAAGAAGGACAGGAGAAUACCAGCAGUGUCACAGCAAAAGAGUCACAACCCCCAGUAGUUGAAGAAAAGAAACCACAGCUUACUCAAGAAGAGCUUGAGGCAAAGCAGGCCAAACAGAAGCUGGAGGACAGACUAGCAGCCGCAGCCCGUGAGAAGCUUGCACAGGCCUCAAAGGAAUCAAAAGAAAAACAGCUGCAAGCAGAGCGCAAGAGAAAAGCUGCCCUCUUCUUACAAAACCUGAAAAGUCCUUUUCUUGAAGUAGACACAAGGAAAUUGGAGGAAAGCUCCACAUUAAUGGAGGAGGCUCUUGUUGAAAUUUCUCAUCAUGGUGGAAUGAAGCAGCUCUCCAGUGCCCCAUGUCCUGAAAUUAAUAUUGUACCAGCUGCUCCUACUGUGGUAUCAAAAGUUGUACCUGUUAUGGAAUCAAAGAUAACAGAGCGUGAUAUGGAUAGAAAUAAAGUACACUCGCAUGUGCAUGAAAAGGAGAAGAAAAAGAAAAAGCAUAAAAAGCGGUCUAGAUCAAGGUCUCCUUCACACUCUCGAUAUCGUUCAAGGUCACGGUCACGGUCUAAAGCCAAGCAUUCUCUUCCUAGCGCAUACCGGACAGUAAGAAAAUCAAGGUCGAGGUCAAGGUCUACAAGCAGAAGACAGCCUCAUUCAUCAGAAAGAAAGCGAGAAGAGAGAGAAAAGGAUCGAUGCGUCCCUAGCGCGUAUCGGAUCAGCAAUAGCCCUGCUUUCAGCAAGAAAAGGUCCAGGUCAAGGUCUCCACAUGAAAGGAAAAAGAAGAGAAGUUCAAAGUCACAGAUUAAGUCUAAAGUUCAAUCCCGAUCACCUUCGUCCUCUCCAAAACAUACAUCUAAUAAUAAACCAUCCUCGGCACAUUCUACCAGUAUAUCUCCUGCAGAAAGCAGAGGUUCCAGUCUAGAACGAUCGAGCAGGGGGGAUUCUCAGGAAAAAGAAAAAGAAGUUUCUUCAGCAAUUGUGUCAUCAGUGCAGUCUAAAAUCACUCAGGACCUGAUGGCAAAAGUGAGAGCAAUGCUGGCUGCUUCAAAAGAUUUACAAACAAGCACAUCCUAGGAAAAAAAACACUCCCAAAUUGACAACCAGUGCAAACGUCUGGAUACUGUGUCACAUGUAUGAGGAUCAAGGUUAUGUUGCAGCUAGAGGCUAAUGCUCCAAAGGGGAAAUGCAGCUGCAGGUUUUUCACUGGUAAAUAGCUAUGUAUUGUACUGCACAACCCGAGGAAAUAAUCUUCAGAGAGGAUAUGCCUUGGACAAUUGUAGAAGUUGAUAUUUAAUAAAGCAUACAUCAGUCCUCUCAGAGUAUGUAAACUGGAAAAGUAAGCCA